AAUCCUCAACGCCCCCAACAUAUAGUACUCUAGAGCCAUGAGCUCUCUUGGGAGGAAAAAAAAACAAAAAACACCAAAAAAACAAACGGACCUUCCCAAAUUUAAGAACAGAAAUUGGCUGAACAACAUAGAAUAAUUCUUCAAAAGGAAAGCUCAAAUGGUGAAAUCAACAAAAAUGAGUGUUAUUCGGGAAAAAUCAAAGAGGGUAAUUUCAAGAUGAUGAUGAGGGAAGUAGAAUUAGGAUCAUCAAGUAGUAGGUGCCAAGAUUGUGGAAAUCAAGCUAAAAAAGAUUGCACAUAUUUGAGGUGCAGAACUUGCUGUAAGAGCCGAGGGUUUCAUUGCCAAACGCACGUUAAGAGCACUUGGGCCCCUGUAUCCACAAGGCGUCCACGGCACCAUCUUCACCAGCAGCUUUCCACUAUUCAACAACAGCAAUAUCAGCUUCAAGCUGGGCCAAACCCUAAUAAAAGAUACAGAGAAAAUCAUGAAAUUCAAGGUGAAGAAGGAGGUGAUUUUCCGGGGGAAGUGAGUUUUCCAGCAGUAUUUCGAUGUAUUCGCGUAAGUUCAAUUGACAAUGUGGUGGAUCAGUAUGCUUAUCAGACAUCGGUAAACAUAGCAGGACAUGUUUUUAAAGGGAUAUUAUAUGAUCAAGGACCUGAGAAUCGUUACAAUAAUAUGGCCGCUGGGGAAAGCAGCUCCUUUCAGCAGCAGCAACCUCCUAAUUUACUUACUGCUGCUACCACUAGUACAACUACAGCUCCUUCUUAUCCCAAUCCUUUUAGUGCUUUGAUGCCUGGUACGCAAUUUAUUCAAUACCCAAAAUCAUCUUGAAGCAAACUUAAUUUUAACUUAUAGUGUACACAAAUAGUGUAAAUUAUGCUUAUUAGUGUAUUUAAUAGGCAUGUAUUCUACGUCAAUUUUUAGAUUAAAUAAUUUCACUUAUUAUGGUUAUAACCUA